AUGGCUAGUCAAAAGUCGCACGUCUUCCGGGUGACAGGCCUGUCCAGGGAACAGCCCGAUGAGAAUCUCAAGACCGCAUUACAAGAGGCACUCAACGACAACUUCAUCGACGACGAGAGAUCGCAAAUGAAGACUGAGAUCACAAUAGUCCCUUUAUGCUAUGAAAGUGACACACAGAGGGUGGCGCUGGUGCAGUUUCGUGGCGGGGUGCCUCAGUUUCUUUAUGAGCUAAGACUCAACCCGCUUGGAGACUGGCAGGUCGAGAUGGAAGAGGAUGACAUCAACAUUGACUGCCACUUCUUUGGAUUCACCCAGCUCUACGCGCCAGACGACAAUGAGCCAGUGGCUGCAGACAUCAUUGCCAUUGCCGGACUGGAUGGACAUGCUUACGGAUCAUGGCAGGGCAGAGGCAACCUCGCUCGAAUGUGGCUUCGUGACUUCCUGUCAAAAGAUCUCCCGCAGUGCCGUACGAUGAUCUAUGGGUACAACUCCAAGCUGUCGAGCCACGGCGUCGAUACGAUCCUCGACUAUGGGCGGGAGCUGAUGGAGGAAAUCAAGAAAAUCCGGAACACAAAGGAGCUCCAGCAGAGACCUCUGAUCUUCAUCGCGCAUAGCUUUGGAGGCAUUAUCUUGGCUCACUGUCUGGUAAGGGCCAUCCAGACGAUGGAGGAAGACCACCCGGCGAUCAAGUCGCUGCAUCGAGCCACGUACGGCAUGAUCCUCUUCGCCAUCCCCCACAAAGGAUUAGUGAUGGACGAUAUCCAGCAGAUGCUAGCGGGGGACAGGAAACAUCCGCGAGAGCAACUACUGCGACAGAUUUCUAGCAACUCGGAUGUCCUGAUCCACCAACUGGCCGACUUUAAAAAUCUAAUCCGGGACCGUAAGGUGAUCAGCUUGUAUGAAACAAAGCAGACGCGGCAGUUAGUAUUGGACUCGGAAAGCAGACAAUGGAAACGGACCGGGGAUUUUAUGACGACACUUGAUGCAGAUUCGGCUCUUCUCCAGCUUCCCGACCAUAUAGAGGAGAAAGUGCCGCUGCAUGUAGAUCACUCAAUGAUCAUCAAAUUCGACACGCGCAACGCGGCCGGGUAUCGAACGGCGCUCGAUAAACUGCGACAGUUCUCAAUAGACGCACCAUCGGUGGUGGCGGCUCGGUUCACGCGGACGCGUCUGAAGCCUCAGCCGUGCUCCACGGUGCCUUUCCAGAAGGACUCGAUUUUUGUGGGCCGUGAAGCUGUGAUCAGUGCGGUCAAGGAAAGACAUGGGGCGAUCGGCCAGCGUCAUGAGCGGGUGGCAUUAGUGGGAUUGGCCGGAGUUGGAAAAACCCAAAUAGCCAUCGAGUAUUCCUAUCUCGUAGAAGCAUCAAAAACGGACACUUGGGUUUUUUGGAUCCACGCUAGCAAUGCGGCGCGGUUCGAACAGGGCUACCAGCAGAUUGCCGCAGUCGCGGAGAUCCCGAGACGGGACGAUCUAAAGAUGAGUAAUAUCUUUCAGCUCGUGUAUCAGUGGCUGUGUGAUGCACGCAAUGGGCGCUGGCUGAUGGUGCUAGAUAAUGCGGACGACGAUGGUUUUUUUUUCAGUAACAACGAACUCAAUGAACAAGGGCCACUGGCAAGCUUCCUGCCCCAGGCCGCUCAUGGAUCAAUCCUGAUUACGUCGCGAAAUGGUCGUGCGGCGCGGAAUCUGGUGGGGAAUGAGAGGCAUGUGAUCGCAGUUCAGCCAAUGAGUGAGGCAGAGUCCCUUGCCCUUCUACGGGCAAGGAUUCCGGCCGCCCACUCUGGAGAAUGUGGAGGGGACGAGAAGGCACUGGUCCAGGUGCUGGAAUACAUUCCGCUGGCAAUCACUCAAGCAGGGUCGUAUAUUGCGAAUAGAUCUUCGCGAGUCACGGUGUCCCGCUAUCUUCAGUUGUUCCGUGAGAGCGAGUCGAACCAGAAACAUCUUCUGCAGCAUGAGGACGCCAAAGACCUCCGGCGGGAUCCCAGUAUUCGGUAUGCGGUCAUCACGACAUGGCAGCUAUCCUUCGAGCAAAUCCGCCAUGACCGGCCGGCGGCGACGGAACUGCUGGCGUUCAUGAGCAUGUAUGAUCGGCAGGGGAUUUUAGAAAGCCUCGUCCGUGCAGAUUGCGAUGACCUCCAGUUUGAGGAUGCAUUGGCACCAUUGAUUAGUUAUUCUCUUGUUCGGUUUGAAAGUAAAACAGCGUCAUUUGAUAUGCACCGACUAGUACAGCUAUCGGUCCGGACAUGGCUGGAGAUCCACCUUGAGCUAGCACGGUGGCAGGAGAAGUCGCGAGCCAUCGUGGCAAAGAUGUUUCCCGAUGGACAGUACGAGAGCUGGACUGAAUGUCAAAGGCUGCUUCCGCAUGCGAAGGAGGUGAUGAAGUCGAUAUCUAGUGCGAAUAAAGAAGAUCGACUACAUGUGGCGACUAUUUCUUUCAAUUGUGGAUGGUAUUUAUUGCUUCAAGGAGCAUAUGAAGAGGCGGAAGUAAUGUAUCGACGGGCAUUGGAAGCACAAGAGAAGGUGCUUGGGCGCGAGCAUCCUGACACGCUCACUACUGUUAGUCGCCUUGGCUUAGUGCUUUCUAAUCAAGGAAAAUAUGGAGAUGCAGAAGCGAUGCAUCGACGAUGCGUGGAAGGGAGUGAGAAGGUGCUUGGAUGUGAGCAUCCUGAUACGCUAAUUAAUUUUGGAAACCUCGGCAAUGUGCUCUCCAGUCAAGGGAAAUUUGAAGCGGCGAAAGCGAUGUAUCGACGGGCCCUAGAAGCACAAAGCAAGAUGCUUGGGCGGGAGCACCCUCAUACGCUAACAAGUGUUAGUCGUCUUGGCUUGGUACUCUCCAACCAGGGGAAAUAUAAAGAGGCGGAGGCGAUGCAUCGACGGGCGUUAAAAGCACAAGAGAAGGUGCUUGGACGUAGGCAUCCUCACACAAUCACCAGUAUCGGCAACCUUGGCACUGUGCUCUCCAGUCAAGGGAGAUAUGAAGCGGCGAAAGCGAUGUAUCGACAGGCGUUGGAAGCACAAAACAAAGUGCUUGGAGCCGAGCAUCCUCACACGCUCAUCAGUGUUAAUCGCCUCGGCUUGGUGCUCUCCUACCAAGGGAAAUAUAAAGAGGCGGAGGCGAUGCAUCGACGGGCGUUGGAAACACGAGAGAAGGUGCUUGGACGCGAGCAUCCUGACACGCUCACUAGUGCAAGUAACCUUGGCAAUAUGCUCUCUGACCAAGGUAAAUAUCAAGAGGCGGAAGCGAUGUAUCGACGGGUGUUGGAAGCACAAAACAAUGUGCUUGGAGCUGAGCAUCCUCACAAAUUGACCAGUGUUAGUCGCCUUGGCUUAGUGCUUUCCAACCAAGGGAAAUAUGAAGAUGCGGAGGCGUUGCAUCGACAGGCGUUGGAAGCACGAGAGAAGGUGCUUGGACGUGAGCAUCCUGACACACUCACUAGUGUCAGUAACCUUGGAAAUGUGCUCUCCAGCCAAGGGAAAUAUGAAGAGGCGGAAGCGAUGCAACGGCGAGACCUGGAAGGAAAUGAAAAGGUGCUUGGAUUUGAGCAUCCUAAUACCCUAAUCAGUGUCAAUGAACUUGGCUUAGUGCUCUUCUACCAAGGGAAAUAUGAAGAGGCGGAAGCGAUGCAUCGACGGGCGUUGAAAGCACAAGAGAAGGUGCUUGGACGUGGGCAUCCUCACACAAUCACCAGUAUCGGCAACCUUGGCACUGUGCUCUCCUGCCAAGGGAGAUAUGAAGAGGCCGAAGCGAUACAUCAAAGGGCACUAGAAAGAUGUGAAAAAAUGCUUUGA